AUGUGGGUGAAGUUUUGGCUGCCGCCCCUGCAGCAUGCCCCACCCACCUCUAGCAGGCUUCCAGAGGUGACAUCUGCAACAGCCAGGAAUGGCAAGGGUCCUGUCUCUGCUGUCAAGUUGUGGGUGGGCAUGUCUGUCAUGGGUUGGCAUGUGGUGGUGAGCAUCUGCUGGGCCUGGGAAGUGAAUAAAGGAAUCAACUGUGUGACCUCUUAUCUGGCUGACUGUGAGACCCAGCUGUCCCGGGCUCCGCGGCGGGGUCUGCUCUAUGGGGUCCCUGUGAGCCUCAAGGAGUGCUUCCACUACAAGGGUCAGAACUCCACGCUGGGAUUGAGCCUGCACGAGGGGGUGCUGGCAGAAUGUGACAGCGUGGUGGUGCAGGUGCUGAAGCUGCAGGGCGCCGUGCCCUUUGUGCACACCAAUGUCCCCCAGUCUAUGUACAGCUAUGACUGCAGUAAUCCCCUCUUUGGUCAGACCAUUAAUCCAUGGAAGUCCUCCAAGAGCCCAGGAGGUUCGUCAGGGGGUGAGGGAGCCCUCAUUGGGUCCGGAGGCUCCCCCCUUGGCCUAGGCACUGACAUUGGAGGCAGUAUCCGCUUCCCUUCAUCCUUCUGUGGCAUCUGUGGCCUCAAGCCUACCGGAAAUCGCCUUAGCAAGAGUGGCCUGAAGGGCAGUGUCUAUGGACAGGAGGCAGUGAAGCUCUCUGUUGGUCCCAUGGCCCGGGAUGUGGAGAGCCUGGCGCUGUGCAUGCGAGCCUUGCUAUGUGAGGACAUGUUCCGUUUGGAUCCCACCGUGCCCCCCCUGCCCUUCAGGGAAGAGAUCUACACAAGCUCCCGGCCCCUGAGAGUGGGAUAUUAUGAGACUGACAACUAUACCAUGCCUAGCCCAGCCAUGAAGCGGGCCUUGCUAGAGACCAAGCAGAGCCUUGAAGCUGCUGGCCACACGCUGGUUCCCUUCUUGCCAAACAACAUACCCCAUGCUCUGGAGACCCUGGCGACAGGCGGGCUAUUCAGUGAUGGAGGCCACACCUUCCUGCAGAACUUCAAAGGUGAUUUUGUGGACUCCUGCUUGGGGGACCUGAUCCUAGUUCUGAAGCUGCCCACAUGGCUUAAAGGGCUGCUGUCCUUCCUGCUGAAGCCUAUGCUCCCACGGUUGGCAAGCUUUCUCAGCAGCCUGAAACCUCGGUCGGCUGCAAAGCUCUGGGAACUGCAACAUGAGAUCCAGGUGUACCGCAGCUCCGUGAUCACUCAGUGGAGAGCACUGGACCUGGAUGUGCUGCUGACCCCCAUGCUUGGCCCUGCUCUAGACCUGAAUGCUCCAGGCAGGGCCCCAGGGGCUGUCAGUUACACCAUGCUGUACAACUGUCUGGACUUCCCUGCCGGGGUGGUACCAGUUACCACGGUGACAGCCGAGGAUGAUGCCCAGAUGGAACACUAUCAGGGAUACUUUGGCGAUAUCUGGGACAAAAUGCUGAAGAAGGCCAUGAAGAAGAGUGUGGGGCUGCCUGUGUCCGUGCAGUGUGUGGCUCUGCCCUGGCAGGAAGAAAUGUGUCUGCGGUUGAUGCGGGAGGUGGAGCAACUGAUGACCCCGGAAAAGCGACUUUCUCCUCAGGAACACCUGCCUGCCUAGCUCCAGGCAACCUGGAUCCCACAUACUCCGUGGUCCAGCCUAGUUAGGCCACAUUGCCACCCCACAAGCAAAUGUUCAGCAUGGGGGAAAGACUUCCAUGCCCAUCACCCUGACCCUCCUCUCCCCAAAUUCUGGACCUUGCUCCCCUCUCCGACCCCUUACCCCAUGUGACAGCCAGUACCUAUGACAUGGGCUAAGGCCCACCUACAGUGAAGAAUCGGUUCCUUGUCUGUGCACUUUCUGGAUGUUGCCAUUCGGCUGCUGGGGGCUGGACCUGUUGGGAGCAGGGCUCUUUUCUUGCUGGGCAUUAGCCUGGUUGUCCUGAGCACUGUCCCUGUUCUUUCUUGCUUUGCUCCCUUUCUCUGCCAACAGUGCCCUUUUCUGCUUUUGCAUCACUCAACCCAUUGAGGCCCAGCUUAGAUCUUCCUCCAGAAGGUCUGCUGUCUUUCCUUUAGGCUAUUUCCUGGCAGCCAGUAGUUUGUGUGAUGCUACCUGAGCACACUUGCUCUCCCCAAUGGCUACAUCUUUGUCUUCCAUGGACUGCAAAGGAUCAGGAACGUGCCUGAAUGGGCUGGGGUGUGGGGUGUGGGGUGAAGAGUUGAAUGGACACAGCUGGCUCUAAGCUGGUGCUGUUGGGCAGAGAAGAGCUGGAGACAAGACAGUCAUUUGACAGCAUCUCACAGAGCCCACUGAGUCUGGAUUGCUCUGGGAAGGCAUCCUGGAGGAAAAGGACCUGUGCUGAAACUAGAAAAUUCCUAGAGAUUGAGAUAAGAAAUACUAAAAAAAAAAAAGGCAUUCCAAAAAGAGACAGUUUUCCCAAAGACUAUGGUGAGGGCAAGCAUGUGGAAUUGGUAGAGCAGAAGCAGAAAUACAGGAGAGGCCAGAUCAAGAUGAACUUGGGGUCAGGAACUUGAACUCUUGUCUCAUGGGAGAUGAGGGCAUUUGUAGGAUCAUGCACACUGGAGGAGCAAAGCGAAGGACAUUGGGCCAUGAUUUGUAAUCUACAGAGAGGCUGAAGUACUUGCCCAAGAUUGAGAGGGGUUGUUUGGAACUGUUUUGGAUUGGGAUGGAGGUAAAUUUGUGUCCUGUCCAGUCUGUCAGCUAACCUCUCAUUGGACUGCAUUGCCUGGUGGGUAAAAGGCAGUUAGUUUG